CUGGGCCCUGAUCCAACAACAUGCCUAUCGAGUGAACCCUGAAAAGAGAGAGAAGCUCCGCAGUGAGGUGGAAAGUUACUACGGAUAUUGCAGGAGUUUCCUCUUGAAAUCAGACAUGUCCGUGGCAAGGACAACUUGGUUGCUGAUUGUCUUCAGGGGGGUGUAGUCAAAACGUUUUGUGUUUAGCCAGUGCGUUGCCAUGGAUUACAAUUUAUUUUGACUGCAUGUUUUUCCGUAUUGGAGAUGAGUUUUGUUUGGGCUCAUUCCAAGGGGACGAGAGUUCUGGAAGCAAGCGAGAGACGUGACUAUCCUGGAUCAUCUGGGGGGCCUCAACAACUUUAUGAUGCUGAUGAGGCAGAGAAGAGUCUCUCCACAUCAAAACACCUCAAGAAACAUCAGCAGAGACCCACAGGAGAGAAACCAUACUGCUGCUCUGACUGCGGGAAGGGUUUCUUAAGAUCAGAUUCACUAAAAAUACACAUGAGAAUUCACACGGGAGAGAAACCGUAUAUCUGUGAUCAAUGUGGGAAGAGUUUUACUACAUCUCACCAGCUGACUUCACACCAGAGAACACACACAGGAGAGAAACCUUAUAGCUGUGAUCAAUGUGGGAAGAGUUUUCCUUCAUCUAGCCAUCUGAUUCGACACCAGAGAACACACACAGGAGAGAAGCCUUAUAACUGUGAUCAAUGUGGGAAGAGUUUUCCUACAUCUAGCCAGCUGACUUCACACCAGAGAACACACACAGGAGAGAAACCUUAUAGCUGUGAUCAAUGUGGGAAGAGUUUUCCUACAUCUAGCCAGCUGACUUCACACCAGAGAACACACACAGGAGAGAAACCUUAUAGCUGUGAUCAAUGUGGGAAGAGUUUUCCUUCAUCUAGCCAGCUGACUUCACACCAGAGAACACACACAGGAGAGAAACCUUAUAGUUGUAGUCAAUGUGGGAAGAGUUUUACUACAUCUAGCCAGCUGACUUCACACCAGAGAACACACACAGGAGAGAAACCUCAUAGCUGUGAUCAAUGUGACAAGAGAUACUCUGAUAAAAGAUCUCUGAUUAAACAUCAGAAA